CUCACCUCCUCAGCUCCAUUCCUGCAUUCUUUUGUCGGCCUUUAUCUUCAGGAAAGAUAAAAUAACACCAUUUUUUUUUUUCGGCUAAUCUCCUUUUUUUUUUCGGGCUUGAUCAUUGUUUGUUGUGCAGCAUCCAGAACUUGAGGUUCUGCUCCGUAUAUAUAGCAGUUUUGCAACGCACAGGCGGCUUCAGUCCUUUAGACACCUGCCGUAGUUUUGUGCUUGGGUUGCCCUGGCGAGUGCAACAACAACAUCAUCAUCAUCUGGAUACCAUAUCUGACCAAAUAUUUUUUUGGAUACUACAGAGUACAUACCAUCUAUUUGCCUGUCCAAAUCUGAGGGGAAAAAAAAAAAAAAAAAGGAAAAAAACAAGAAGAAAAAAAACUGGUUUCCAUUUAUUUGCAUGAUUUUGUCCCCGCUACCGGGUUGACUUCUGAUGGUUGCGAGAUAGUCGCUGCGAUUGUUCCUCCCACUUCUGAGAAGCACAUGAUGCCAGCUUGUUAAGCCAUCUCACUCCCCUCCUCAUCCCUCUUUCUCUCACUUUCUAUCCAUCCCGGCCAACAAGUUGGGUUCAUCUUCGAAGCCGGAAACGAUGCCCAAUCUAGCAGUGCCUGACGGAGGCUUGGAUCCUCAUCCACAGCCAGCUUCGACCUCCAAGGCACCGCCGCGAGGGCAUAAAAAUCAUGGGAAACGGCAAAGGAAACACCAGCACUCCCAUCCGCCGGGCCCUCCCGAUGCAACAGGUCAGGGUCCUCCAGCCCAUGUAUGUUAUAACUGUGGAUCUCCCGACCAUUUCAUCCAGCACUGUCCCGAGAGGCGCCAGGAUGGCUAUUCGUAAGUCUGAACCAUUUUGAGCCAUGUGUCCUCGAAAGAAGGCAACUGAUUGCGCUACCUUUAGCGGUUCUCAUCGACAUCCACAUCCUCCAAAACGACAGAAAACGUCAGGAUCACUGGAGUCGCAUUACCGCGGGAGUUCGUCCUCUCACAAGCAACGCUCUCGUCCUCAACGGGGCUUCACCCAUCCGCCUCCUCCCGACUAUCACCAGAUGCCCAAUCAGGGCUUAUAUGAACCGCCUCCUGGGCCUUAUCCUCCCCAACAUCAUGAUCCUUGGCACCCGCCCCCUUCUCAGCCUUAUGGGUAUCCUUAUGGACCCCACGAGCCGCCUUAUCCUUCAAGUUCCUAUGGCCCAUCAUACCCCAGCCCACGAGGCGCUCACGGGCCUAUGCACGGACAACAAGAUUAUUUUCCCCCACCGUACGCCCGCCACUCUGGAGAAAGGGAUCACCCUCCUUAUCAGUCGGAGCGUCGACCGCCCCCGCCCAGGGAAUCACGUCGUGGGCAUGCUCGGGAAUACUGGAGUCGUUACGACAAUAUUCGCCCAAUCGCACCUACCGUCGAGCCCUGGAUGGAAGAUCUAGAUAUGGUGGAAAUCCCAGAGCCCAGGCAAGAUCCGAAUCAGAUUGUAUGGAGGCCUCCCCAACCCGUUGCCCGACCUCUCCCGUCAACGUUAACGGACCGUGAUGAGAUUACAAUGCCCCCGCCACUAGCAUCCUUGCCCCGUGGGAUGUCUAUAUCGAAAUAUAUUCUCGACAAGAAAGCCGAUGAGUUUACUUGUAACAUCAGGGAUACUGAAGAUUGGCCUUUUAUUAUGGAUGAUCCAAUUUUUAUGGAAAUCCCCGCGGAUGGAAAGUUAAUUUCGAUCAAAGAACUCCUUGCCAUUCAAAGCAAGGUCUACGAGACUCACCGGGUCGAACGCCCAUCCACACCUGAACCAAAAGAAGAUGAGAGCGAAGAGAUCAACGAAGAAGACAACGGCCAAGUCGAUGAAGAGGAAGCACAUGACGAUGAUUCGUAUGCAAGUGGCUCUGACAGACGUUACGAUGAUGACUCUAGAUCGUACGCCUCCUCCGAAGUGCAGGAUGAGCCCGCUUCACCCGUUUCUGGCAAAGCUAUUGAGCUUAAUGUCCAUGAGCAGCUGCGAGAUGAAGAUGACAGCGAACAUUCAGAAGAAAAGUUUCAUAGUGAUACCCGAGAAAAGUCCAAUGGCCGACCAUGGCCUCGAGGCCGCAAUAAUUAUGACCACGUAAGACAUAACGAUCCGGGACGCGAUAGUGAAUUUUCUAGUAGAAAACAACAGGCGUCCAACCGUCGUGUGAACAACAAUAAACCCCAACCAUGGUGGCGCCCAAGACCGCAGCAUCAACACCAGCUUCCACCGCCACCUCCACCGCCAAAUGACGAGCUACCUCCAUCGAAAAAAGUGUCAAUGGAGAGUAAAAGCCAAAUUCUUAGCGGCCACUCUACUUCCACUGGUCAUGACAACGACGAAAACGGCCAACGGCAAGGCACCAAUAUCAACAAAAUCAAAUCGGAGGCACGUCAUGAGCACCGAGAGCCUCGAGGCCAUGCACACGCCCAUCGUAACAGCCAUAAGCGGGUCAAAGCCGAAGAUCCUGACAGCGACGGCAACGAGCCUCGUCGCCAAGUUGACGACGUUACGCCGAGAAUGAAACGACGCCAGCCCCAGGUGGCUGAUGCCUACAGCCGUCGAUGGUGAGCCGGCAAGACGUACGUAAACGACGACAGCCCAUUUACUUUUUCUUUCUCCUUUUUCCUUCGAUAACCCAUACCCUUGAAUAUAUUUAAUAUAAGCUUGUCCUAGUUAGGGCUACGGCUUAUUCAACUCUCCUUCGCGAGGUCCUCUGAGGGUUCGUUUGAUCGGCAAGAGAUCAUAUAUAUCCAAAAUGUCACUUUUGGAUCAAUGUCUCUGCUCCAAGUGGCCACGCUAUUCGAUGCCGUGUGGAGCCAACCGCGCUGUCACAGGUCUCCACAAAGCCAAAGGCGUCUCCGUGCGAGAAACCGGGGCGAGAAGAUGUUUUUCCUUUCAAUUACCAUUCGGAUGGGUUAAAAAAGAAACAUUUCAUCUCUAUUACAAGAGCAUUUUUAAUUCGGAGUCUGUGAUUACUCUUGCACUUUACCAAGUGCUGGUCAUUUUUCCAUAUUAUGGAGGCAUUUCUAUAUCCAUGCUUUCAGUUUCCUUCUG